AUACUGGAGUGUCUAUAUUUAUGCUUGAAUGUAGUUCAUACACCUCUGCUUCCUCUCACAGUAAAUAAUGCUGGGAUAGGUCUGAUCGGGCCAAUCGAGUGUCAGUCCAUUGAUGAGAUGAGGACCGUCAUGGAUACUAACUUCUUUGGACUUGUGCGAUUGCUAAAAGAGAUUCUGCCUGACAUGAAGAGAAGAAGAAAAGGGCACAUCGUGGUCAUCAGCAGUGUUAUGGGGAUUCAGGGUAUUCUGUUCAAUGACGUCUAUGCAGCGUCCAAGUUUGCCGUGGAGGGCUUUUGUGAGAGCUUAGCCAUUCAGGCGUUGAGAUUUAACCUUAACAUCAGCCUGAUGGAGCCAGGGCCAGUGAUAACAGAGUUUGAGCGUAAAGUCUACGAAAAUGGCGUUAAGACUGAUCUAAGCAAAGCCGACCAAGUUACCUCGGAUAUGUUUACAAACAUAUAUCUAAAAAACUACGGUCAGAUUUUUGAGACCCUCGGACAGACACCAGAGGAUAUUGCAGAGCAUACUUUAAAAAUCAUCACAAUGGAUGAUCCCCCUUUUCGUCAUCAGACAAACACUCUCUACACACCCAUGACCACGCUGAAAUACGCUGACCCCAGUGGUGACCUCUCCAUUGACACUUUUUACAAGAUGGUGUUUGAGCAUGACAAGGUCUUCAACGCCAGCCUAAACUUCCUUAAACUAUUGCGCUGGAGGAGCCGUAAAAGUUUCACGCUGGACAAGGACAAAAACAAUGAGCAUCCAUGA